AUGAGCGCGACGCGGGAUGCGGGGGACUCCACGCCAGGCUCCGACGUCACGCGGCUGUUCCCCAAGUGCCGGCCGAGGAUGCACCGGCACGACAGGUUGAACUCCGGUCUGGAGGGCCGGGAACACAGCAUCAACAACGUUUCCUCGGACGAAGAGCGCGAGAGCCAACUGGUCAUACUCAACUCCAAGGGGAGCGCCUACAAACUUAGAGACUCCAGGAUAAUAGAAAUAGCAGGCGGCCGAGAGCUCUACUCGCAGAGUCGAACCAAAGCGGUUCGGAAGCUAAGACACAGCAACACACACAAACAUAACCUUCGGAACAAGGUGCGCUCUCUGGGCAAGGACACACUCGACUAUUCGGACAAUCUUAGUAACGAGAUAUCCUUGCACAGGCUAAACAAUGAGCCUAAAAAAAUGAUAUCACGGCACACGUCACCGACAUACACAAAUGGGGACCGUGAACCCAUCAUAGAAGAGACGAUGGGGAUUCCCAAAAACAGUUCGCCAAUUCUAGACCCCCAUAAAACGAAUGACGCGAGCACUAAGACUAGCCCCAUAGCGGUCGUUGCGGACGGAGAGGUCGUCGUUUUUGACGAUAACGAGGACUGGAAAGUGAUAUUGAAUUCUGUGUCCCUAGGUCUUCGGAUGGACCCGGAUGCUAGUGAUCACGAGAUCGAUAUGAGUGUAAAAAGAACUUUAGACAAUAUGAAAAACGGUGACAGUGAUGUGAUGAACAAUAAAAGUGAGUUAAGUGAGAGUGAGUCGAGUCCUGGGGAGGAAAGGAGUGAUGCAAGCCCUUCUGGUGUUUGGAUGUCAGAGGAUGAAGAUAAGGGGAGGGUUACAAGGGUGAUUGGGGAGCUGCCUAUAGCAGAAUAUGAGGGGUCACCGCGGAGAUAUGGCAUUGGCAGUCAAAAACAGACUGUCAGGUCGCCGAGGCCCGGAUUUCCGCAGCGCAUAGUGACAGAGAGCAGAGACGUAACGCCGCCAUCAGGGUCAGCAGCAUUCGACUACCUGUACGAGUUCUCCGAGACACGGAAGGUUCUCGAAGAGUUCUUCAGGUGUCCCGCGGUAGCUGGCCAUACGCAGCUCAACAGCAACGAUGAGAUUGUUAACUUUCAGGAGUUAGAUUACGAGCUCCGCCGUCAAACGCAAGACUGUCCGUCGGAGAACGGAGUUGAGGGGAGCGACGCGGAGUGGCCGCACACAGACACGCUGGACUCACCACACACGGCGCACAACCACACCAACUUCCUAGGAUUACAGCAACAACGCGAGUGCUACGGCGAGCCCAACGUAGCGGCCCUCCGGGUCGGAUCAGCGUGGAGCGGCUCCGCGUCCCCCGCCGCCCCGCCGCCCCGCACCCGUGCUCCACUCGCCUUGUCUCCUGAAACAAGCGACGAGGGUAGUGAUCUCUCGCUCAUCAUCAUGGAAAACGAGCUGAGCGAGAUGAAAGGUAAGAAUGCCUGUGUGACAACCUACUGGUCGACGAAGUGGCUCUAUGCGCUCGCACUUUUAUCUGGGACAAGUGACGUGGAUAGCGACCUCUCGCUCAUCAUCAUGGAGAACGAGCUACGCGAGAUGAAAGUUCAAAUGGACGCAAGUCGCGUGGUGGUGACGCACCUGCCCAUCGUGGAGGACGGACUGUCGUCUGGCCACGCCUCAGACAAUGACAAUAAUAACCAACUGCCGACCUUACAACAGGGGCAUUCUUCAGUGAUAAUUGAGGAGAUUGUGGAGAACGGAACCAGCGCGGAGGCUCACGUGCUUUCUGACGCCGACCUACACUCGUUGGAUCCUCUAGCGUGCAGCGAAGUGUCCCCGCCGCCGCCCGCGCCGGCGCCGCACCGCCCCGCCGACGAGCCCGAGCGCGCGCCGCACCAGCCGCACCAGCCGCACCAGCCACACCAGCCGCACCAGCCACACCAGCCACACACGCCACAUGUAGCGCACGACGAUUAUCCCAAUAGUAGGAAAAGGCCCUCAUCAGCGCAGAGUACAGACUCCGUGGAAAUCAAACCUGCGAGUGGAGAUGAAGAUGAAGCGGACACGGACCUGGAGACUGACAGACUAUUAGGGCAGCAGAGGACGGACGACCAGGGAUUCUUCGACGAUAAGGGAUGGCGCAAACCGAAAUCACGUACAGUGAUGCCAGCGGGCAGCGUCUCCGGCGGCGCGCGGUCUCCUCCACACGACGAUCAGGAUGAAACACAUCAUAAUGGGAAGGAUAAAGAUGGAAAAAAGAAAAGCAAAAAUAAAGAAGACAUGCGUUCAGUUCUCAUCGAAGGCGUAUUAUUCCGAGCGCGUUACCUCGGCUCAACCCAACUGGCUUGCGAAGGACAGCCAACUAAAGCCACCAGGAUGCUCCAGGCCGAAGAGGCUGUCUCCAGAAUCAAGUGGGGCUGCGAGGGCCCGUACUCCGGCGUGUACGCGGCGCCGGCCGCCGUGUUCCGGCUCACUUUCCUGGGCUCGGUCGAGGUGGAGGAGGACAAGCGGCGACGGAAACGCCUCAAGAAGAACAUGGUUGAGGAGGCGGUCAAUAAGAUUAAGGCUCCCGAAGGUGAAAACCAGCCAAGCACAGAAGUAGAUCUCUUUAUAUCGACGGAGAAAAUCAUGGUCCUGAACACAGAACUAAAAGAAAUCAUGAUGGACCACGCGCUCCGGACCAUUUCGUACAUCGCUGAUAUAGGGGACCUGGUGGUUCUCAUGGCUAGGAGAAGGUUUGUGCCGCACGAGACGGAUUCUGAUCAACCGAAAUUGAACAGGACGCCCAAGAUGAUAUGCCACGUUUUUGAGAGUGAAGAGGCGCAAUUCAUAGCACAAUCCAUCGGCCAAGCGUUCCAAGUGGCAUACAUGGAGUUCCUGAAAGCGAACGGGAUCGAGGACCACAGCUUCGUCAAAGAAAUGGACUAUCAGGAAGUCCUGAACAGCCAGGAGAUCUUUGGAGAUGAAUUACAGAUGUUCGCCAAGAAGGAGCUGCAGAAGGAGGUGGUGGUGCCGAAGACGAAGGGCGAGAUUCUGGGGGUGGUGGUGGUGGAGUCGGGGUGGGGUUCCAUGUUGCCGACGGUGGUGAUCGCUAAUUUGGCACCAGCGGGUGCGGCGGCGAGGUGUGGGCAGCUCAAUAUAGGUGAUCAAAUAAUCGCAAUAAACGGCGUGAGCCUAGUCGGACUACCGCUAUCAACGUGUCAGACGUACAUAAAGAACUCCAAGAACCAAACGGUGGUGAAGCUGACGGUGGUGCCGUGUGCGCCCGUGGUGGAGGUCAAGAUUAAACGGCCUGACACCAAGUAUCAGCUCGGGUUCAGCGUGCAGAAUGGAGUGAUAUGCAGCUUACUCCGUGGCGGCAUCGCCGAGCGCGGCGGCGUGCGCGUCGGUCACCGCAUCAUCGAGAUCAACUCGCAGAGCGUCGUCGCCGUUCCGCACGAGCGCAUCGUCAACCUGCUGGCGACAUCUGUGGGCGAGAUCCUAAUGAAAACGAUGCCGACCUCCAUGUUCCGGCUGCUGACGGGCCAGGAAAACCCCGUGUUCAUAUAAGCGCCGCCGCGCGACACAAGUGCCUGCUUACGAUAUUACACGCCGAUUUAAAGCCCCCUCCACACUCG